AAGUUGAAUUUUCAUUACCUCGUGAGCCCAAACGCCCCCCGCCAUACAAUCUUGAUCCUCAAUUUCCAUUGCUAAUUCUUGCUCUCUGUGUCUCCCUCGAAAAACAAAUAUGGCGCUGACUCUAUCCAGUCCAUUCGUGUACAAAAAUCUCUGUACUCCCCCGCUUUCUCUCACUGACAAGGUGAAGGGAGUGAUUGGCAGCAAUCGGAUGCGGUGGAGUUGCAGGAAGAAGGACAUACACCCGAAAUUCUUUGAAAAUUCGAAAGUGUACUGCAAUGGUGAACUGGUUAUGACUACUGGUGGAACCAAGAAAGAGUAUGUUGUGGAUGUAUGGUCUGGGAACCACCCAUUUUACCUGGGUAGCAGGUCACAGCUUCUCGUUGAUGCUGACCAGGUUGAAAAAUUCCGUAAGAAAUUCGGUGGGUUGUCGCAGAUUAUGGAAAUCCCUGUGCUUAAAGGAGAGAUUGUUCUUCCUCCCAAGAGGAAGUCUGCCAAAGGGAAAAAGAAGUAAUUCAGAUAUGUCCGUAUUUCAGGUUUUUUGUUGAUGUAUUUUAGUUGGGUUUGUGCAUUCACUUUAAUGUAUGGUGAAUUAUUGAAUUGGACUGUUUCACUGUAACAGAAGGUGGGGUUUGGAUUUAUGGUUAUCUUGAUAGUUUUUGAUUUCUUGAAGUUGUUUGGAGUUUAUGUAUUUCAUCUGGUACUGUGUUACAAAAGGUGGAUGAUGAGUUAAUAUUUAAUUUUGUCUUGAUUUCUUGAAUUUGUUUUGGAAUUCACUUAGUAUUGUGUUGACAGAAUUGGGUUACAAUGCAAAACGCAUUCUUGUGACGAUUUGGUAUUUGAUUAUUCUUGAUUUCUUGAAAUUUGUUAUGGAAUAAGCACAUUUCAUGAAUUGGUUUUGGAAUAACUGCAUUUUAUCUUGUAGUGUAUUAAACCAGCUGAUUUCUGUAAAUAGAAGAGCAAGUUGUUCAUAAAGCCAUGAUAUAAAAUUAAGUAAUUUUUAUGAAUAAGAUUUACAGCUAAACAUGGUUGGAAUUGAGUCAAGAUGCAAUAGGUAUUCUUGUAACGAGCUGAAUUGAGGUAUUUGCCUUUAAAUUCUAUUGAUAUUAAUUAAUGAGAUAUUUUUAGUACUUGUAACAUUUUCCCUUUCUCAUCUUGCAGUUAUUUUAUGAUUGUGGAGAAAUCAGAUUCUAUGAUCCGUCAUCGACUUGUUUUGGGGAUAUAAAAAUUUCUCUUGACUAUAUCCUUUUUUUCUAUUGAUUUUAUCUUGCUAAAUUUAUGUCCGAAACUAAAAGAGCGCUUUAAACAAAAAUGCUGUAGAAGGUCUCUUAAGUCACAAGUCUUGUGUAAUCAGUGGGCAUUUGUUAGAAGUUCGUUUUGGGCUGAUCUUGUUGAGGAAAACAUCAAUAUAUUAUGAGUUUCACAGACAAAAUCAUCGCAUUUUGACUUAAAAACUGACUUCGAUCUAUAAAUUAGACAAAAAAUGUCGACAUAUUUUCAUUAUCCUGAAUGUAGGGUGGAAGCUCCUAUCUUCAUUUAGCUGCAUCCAUGUCCUUGUGAUGGUUUAUUUCAAUUUUGCAGAUUCUAAAGGAUACCUGAGAUUGUCAUUUUUACUGCUGAAUUUGAUGAUUGCAGAUACCAACAGAAGGUUAACAAAGUACAGAUGUUACAGAGAAAGAAAUGAUAUCUUCCUAUGAUACCUUCCCUACCAAUAUUCCUUUCUCAAAGAGAAAACAAGGCUGAUGAAUGCUGAAAAUCUAGAGUUCUUAAUAAAGUUUGAUGAACAGAGGUAUUGAUGAAGGAAGGAUGUAAAAAUUAUAAUAA